AUGCGGCAUAAUUGCUGCCAUUUCUCGUUUGCUUCCACUCUCAAGAUCCUCAAUUUUGUGCAAGCUUUCUUCGGUGUUUCGAUCAUAAUCUACUCCAUAUGGAUGCUCGAUCAAUACAACCGUCACGUACCCGUUGACCCUCCACCGUCGCCUCCGACUGCUUAUCUCGAUGAAAUUGAUUUUCAAAUCUUUCUUCUUAGAACGCUCGGGAAACAAAGAGAAGAUGUGUACGAACGAUAUAUCCAGCAACAAGAAGAAGGAAAAGGAUUGAAUAGAGGACCUCACGAACAUUCGGCGAUCUCAGAUGUGUCGAUAUCAAUGAUGACUCAUUAUUUAGAUGAAUCAUUUCUUCGGACAGAAGAAGAUUAUUACUCUAUUCUCAAAACUCUCCUCAUCCUACUUGAAGCUGCCCUUGUUGCAUACAUCGCUAUUGACCGUCACUGGGAAAAGGAUCUUCCGUAUGAUCCAACCGGAGAACUCAAUAGUCUUCGAGCUUUCAUCGAGGAGAACAUCGGUAUAUGCAAAUGGGUCGGGGUUGCUGUGUUAGCCGUCCAGCUACUGUCGUUGCUACUGGCCCUGGUUCUCAGAGCUAUGGUUUCGACCCCGACACCCGAUCCUGAUGACGAGGAAGAUUAUGAGAACCCGAGGAAUAGAGCUCGGGACCCACUUCUUGGUUCGCAAGCGUCUGCUGGGUCAAGCAAGAAUGAAAACUGGAGCUCCCGAAUCAGAGAAAGGUAUGGACUGAACCAGGCUCAGGCGGUGAACCCGAAAGGCUGA